AUCCAGAAUUCACUGUCCAGGAAUUUCUGUUACAUCUCAAAGAAUCACAUUUUACCUUAACUUCCUGCUGUUUGUGCAUGUAGUUUCUUAUUUCAUGGAUAAGUGCAUUAAACUGGCGAAUAUCAUCACUGGUAAAUGUAAUUACAGCUUUCCACGAUCAGGGGAAAAUCCACAUAAUGUGGUGAAAAUGUGGACAUUUUUUUAGAUUUUUUUUGAUAGUGCAUAAAUCGCGUUUAAUGUUGCAUCUUUAUGCCGAGUUACGUCUUGAACAAAGUAAAUAAUCAAUAAACAGAUGGAACCCCUAAAGCAUGCUUACAAAAUAGAAGAGCCUCUGUAAACCAUUUAAAAGAAAAAUAGAUUUUUAAAUUGGUCCUUCGAGACGUAAUUUUCGAGUCCAAUUUGUUACGUCUUUAGAGAUAUAAGUUUUACACUUAAGUCUGUGUCUAAUCAGUGCUUACAAUGGUACGGUGUUGCCUUCAAAAUACCUACAAUCAUCAUCAGAAUAAAUCAAUUUGGGGGGUAACGUUACAUUUCCGCUAUUUCUAAAAAUAAAAUCGGGCGACCUUUUGUGUCCAAAAUGUUACGUCUCGAAAAAUCAAUUUUUUUACGAUAACGCUGUUUACUUUCACAUAUCGGUUGCGCAAAGGCGCCGGAAAAUAACUGCACACAUUAUUUGAUGACGUAGAACGCAUUCAACGAAUUUGUGUACACAAAAGCUGACAACAUGGCCGAAUCUUCGACACGAGUUCGGGAGCUCGAACAGUCUCUGUGUAAGCAGACCAAGAAGUCGGCCAUUGACCAAACCGAGCAGCCAUCCAGUGACCAGACAGCCAAUGACCCGACCAAGCAGCCAGCCAGUGACCAGACAGAGCACAUAGCCAGUGACCAGAUGACUUCAUUCAGGGAGCUUGAGCAGUCUCUGUGGAAUUGGACUGAGCAGUCAUCCAGCAACCAGUCAGAGCAGUCAGUCAGAAACCAGACAGAGCAUUCUGAUAGUGACCAACUCGAGCAGUUGGCGAGCAAGCAGACCAAGCAGUCAGCCAGUAACUAUGUCGAGAUGUUACCCAGUGAUGAAACUGUAAAGAAGUUCAAUGAUGUGACCAGACAACCACCAAGCUCCAAUACUGAACAGAUAAUCAGGAUUUGUGCUGGAGAUUACAUAUUGAUCAAACAUGGUAGAAGUUUUCUUCCUGGUGUAGUGGAUGAAUGGCCGUGGGUCAUAUUCUUCAAGAAAUAUAAAGAUAAUGCAUGGGUUAUGAAUGAAAUAAGGCAUACCAUCCUUCAAUCAGAUAUCCAGAGAAAGUUGGAACCACCUAAAGUGUCCAAGCUAGGUCGUCGGCUACUUUACAGAUUUGAAAGUUACAAGGAAGACAAGUGAAGCAGAGAGAGAGGGAGAAAUACCAUGUUUGCAGUUUAGAGUUUGCUGUUGUUUUAGUCUGUGAAAAUCUCAGAAUAAAUAAUAUGUUAAUUAC